AUGAAGAUCUUCGCUCUGCUCCUCUGUUGCCUGCUGGUCCUCCUCUGCUUCACCUCUCCAAUGGAGGGGCGCCUCUUCCUUACCAAUCGUAGCGGCAUCUUCUGUGUUUGGGCCGCAAAGAGAUCCUGUUCCAAGACCACGCCCGUGUGCGUGCAAAUAGCCGCCACCUCCACCUGUAAAUACUAUCGCAACGAGUGUCAGUACAGCUUUGAUACCUGCCUGGGAAAAACGGUGUAUGGUCAAACGGGAGUCGUAGAUGCUACAGGGGCACUCUGUGCGGGGAUAGUCCCUCUGGGAGGCAUCGGUGCUUGCUAG